AUGUAUCGCGUAGUUCUGGAACAGCCCUUGUAUUGGGUUUCGGGAUUGUUGAGCGAAGAAAGUUCACUACAUGAACAAGAAAUAAGUAGUCGGGUUGUUAGUGAGAAGGGUAGUGCUAACGAACGAAAAUAUGAUGCGAACGUUCCACGUGAUGUACAUACUUGCGUCGGGGAUGAUUGA